GAAUAGUUAGAAAUACUGCACAGAUUGUUUGUAGCGCAGCUGUCCGUUUCUCUCUGUGGGACAAAUUUAUCUUUUAAUACUGUAUAUCUGCUGUCAGGGGGCAGUGAUGAAACUCUGAAUGUGCCUUGGGUGUAAUUAACCGAUAUUUGUGUGGACUUCACCACUUGAGCACCCUGAUGAAAUCUGACAACAGCGAAAUAAACAUACUAAUAAAGAGCAUUUAAACAAAACUGUUCCCAGUGGGGCUUGUCUAAUUUGUUUGGAUGAAUGAUUGUUGUUGAGUUCAUCUUCAGAAAAGAGAGUCUUGUGUAUUGACCCCUUGGCCUCAAUUAAUCUCGUUAAUUUACCACAGAGCCAAACAUUUACCUGUCUGCAGACCUAUCUCGAGGUUCUCCAGGGCUUUGAGAAUAUAUAUCUCCUCUUUAGCAUGUCUCUUUCACCCUGAUAGUCAGACUGUAGUUCAUGACUAGCAUGAGCGCACAAACCCUCUCCGCAAACGCCACCUUUUCCAGCAUUCAACUAUCAGUGGACUUCUCUGAACCAGGGCACUAUUUUCUGUUUGCUUACCACAUUAUUUUCGCCACAAGUGCGGUUCUGCUGGCUGGAUCGGUGGUCGUGGCGAUCUUAAAAACGAAGCAUCUUCGAUCCCAAAACAGAUUUGUGUUUAUGCUGAGCACAAGCAUGUGUGACGUUAUCACAGGCCUCUCUGUUUACUAUUCGGGGCUUUUUGACGUUCAAGAGGGGUUCCCUUCUAGAAACGGAACCUAUAAUAUUUUACCAUCUUUCCUCGGUGUAAACCUUGUAACAUUUAUGUUUGCUCAGUUUGACAGAUACGGUGCCGUGUGCUUUCCUUUCAUUUACAAGCGCUUCAUCUCGCGCUCUCUGGUCAUCUGUAUUUGCGCUUACUGCUGGUUUCACUGCAGUGUUCUGUUUCAGCUUAUGGCGAACUUGAUUCCACCUUCACUGGCCAACAAGAUAUUCGCCUUCAGUAUUGCCAGUUUGCAGAUUAUCGUUGUGACCAAUGUAAUGAUGACGAUCAAAUUGUUCAUUGUUGCCAAACGGCAACUUGCCCGAGAUCCGCCAGGCGCGGAGAGAGACGGCAAGGCGGAGUCCUUAAAGAUUAUUAUAGUUGUAGUCAUUACUUUUUUAAUUCUGUGGUACCCCGCGUUUCUAAACAUAAUUGUGAAGCAGGUUUCUAAAUACGGCCUUUAUUUUAAAAACGACGGCACGAGCAUUUUCUUAAUAAUGGCUCGUUUUAAUGCCUUGUCCUCCCCGGCGCUCUACGUUUGGGGCAGCCCGGCGUUACGCACAGCUGUGUGGGGCAUCGGCUGGUACAAGAUUUUUCCACGGUGCUCAAAAAGAAUUGGUGUUCAUCACGGAAAAGGGAAGACAACAGCAAAUCCUCAAAAUAAUCAACCCAAAAUAUAGUGAAGUUGUCUUUAAUGUAUGCCUCAAAUCAACAUAAUGUAAUUGAAUCGCUAAAGAUUAAUUUAAUAUCAUGCGCAUGCACUUUUUGUUCAAUAAUUAUAGUAAAACGCGUACUAUCUAAAUGCAUUAGACACUUAAACGAGUUCUCCUAAUUAAAUGUAGGCUAAUUGUAAGUAAAGAGACAAGCGUUCGUAUAUAGCUAAUUACUGAAUAACUCAUUCAACUUUUUAUACAUUUUUAUAUAUUUCUACCUGGGGG